GAGCUUAUUUUAUAAGUUAUACGUAAAACUGUUGAUAUUUGUCAUAAACCAUAGACGACAAGAGUCGGGAAGCCAUGUGGAUAUAACAGUUGAUAAAAUAUAAAUAAAUGUUAAUUUCCUUAAAUGACUUACUGAUACGGUUGCUAUUUAUUAUCGAUUUUGUGCUGAAAACUGUUUUCCGUGUUUUACUGUUUGCUUAUUAUAUCCUAAGUAAACUUAUUCAUCAAGUUUUUAAUGUAAACAUGGUCGAAAAUAAUAAGAAACUUAAAACGAACCCAAUAGGCAAACCUAACCAAACAAUUGUUAAAAGAGGUAUUAUAGAUGCAAAUUGGCAAAAACUUAUGCAUCUAACAACCUUAAAGGACAAAAAAAGUGAAAAGAAAGAAGAUACGGAUAAAAAAGAAUCGUUUAAAGGCACAUUUCGUCGCGACAGAAAGAAAAUUGAUCAACAAAACAAUGUUGCAAACAAUCUGAAAACUUUAAAAUUGAAUAAUAAAUUAACAGAAUUGGACAAUGAUGAAGUAGAUAAUGUUAAAGAGGAAACUAGGAAGGAUAAAAAAAAUAAACUCACUAAGUUUAUAGCUAUGGAUUGUGAGAUGGUUGGAAUUGGUUAUAAUGGAGAUGACCAUAUGAUAGCCAGAGUAUCAUUAGUUAAUAAAUUCGGUGACUGCAUUUACGACAAGUUUGUUAAACCGCGAGAAGAAGUUGUAGACUAUAGAACUAGUAUAAGUGGAGUUAGAAAAGAGGAUUUAUUAAACGGUGAAGACUUUAUAAUAGUACAGAAAGAAGUUUCCGAGAUAUUAAAAGGACGUAUUUUAGUAGGUCAUUCACUCAAGACUGAUUUAAGUGUGCUAUUCUUAUCCCAUCCUAAGAAAUGUAUAAGAGACACAUCAAAAUAUAAACCAUUUAGAAAGAUCACUAAAGGCAGCACACCCUCCCUCAAACGUCUAGCGAAAGAAAUACUAGGUAUAGAUAUUCAACAUGGUGAACACAGCUCUGUUGAGGAUGCCCGAGCUACAAUGCAGCUCUAUUGCACUGUGGGCAAAACCUGGGAGCAAGCAUUAAGUGAAAAAAGGGGUCAUAGUCGCAAAUUUGUCGAAACAUAACAAUUAUUUGAUAUUACUGAAACUAUUAAUUUGGUCUUAAUUUAUUCUUAAAAUUUCUUUUUAAAUUUAUUGAAUUAUAAGUCUAUUUUUGCGACUCAGUCCAUUUUCUAUAUUUGACAUAAGUUUAGUAAAGAAAAAGCUUGAUUGUAGUUCUUUACUAUAUAAAACUAUUUUCUGAUGAAAAGCGAAUAAAAGAUUAGAUUAUAUCAUAUAUAUUGAAUAACAAAUCUCUUUAAAGCAAAAGUAUUCUUAAAUAUAAAAUUAAUAAAUUAAAAAAUAUAAAAUUGUAUGUAACCAUAACUUGUCAUGUCGAGGCAAUAUGUUUUAAGCCAUUAAAUUUCUAUAUAAAUUGAA